CAGAACCCCUUGAUCAACGUGCGCGAUCGCCUCUUCCACGCGCUCUUCUUCAAGAUGGCAGUGACCUACGCUCGCCUCUUCCCGCCCUCCUUCCGCCGCGUCUUCGAGUUCUUCGUCCUCCUCAAGGCUCUCUUUGUGCUCUUCAUCCUGGCUUACAUUCACAUCGCCUUCUCCCGCUCACCCAUUAACUGCUUGGAGCAUGUGCGAGAGAAAUGGCCACGCGAUGGCAUCUUGCGGGUGGAAAUACAGCGCAACUCAAGCCGAGCCCCCAUCUUCCUGCAAUUCUGCGGUGUCGAGAAGUUCCCAGGAAUGGUAGUUGAGUCCACAGCUGAGGAAGAGGAGGAGGAAGAGGAGGAGAUGACUGUGGACAUGUUUGAAAACAGCUCUAUCAAGUUUGAGCUGGAUAUCGAGCCCAAGGUGUUCCUCAAGCCAUCCCGGGUGAGCAGCACCGAGGCACUGACCCACAACGAAAGCCAGGAGUUCUCGUUUAGUGAAGCAGCCACUAAAGUGUGGCCGCAGGAAGAGUACAUUGUGGAGUACUCGCUGGAGUACGGGUUUUUGCGCCUGUCCCAGAGCACUCGCCAGCGCCUCAGCAUCCCCGUCAUGGUGGUGACUUUGGAUCCUACCAGGGAUCAGUGCUUUGGGGACAGGUUCAGCCGCCUGUUGCUGGAUGAGUUCCUGGGUUAUGAUGACAUCCUGAUGUCAAGUGUCAAAGCUUUAGCUGAAAAUGAAGAAAACAAAGGUUUCCUUCGCAAUGUGGUGUCUGGGGAGCACUAUCGCUUUGUCAGCAUGUGGAUGGCUAGGACUUCGUAUCUGGCAGCCUUUGUCAUCAUGGUCAUAUUUACUCUGUCCGUUUCAAUGCUGUUGCGCUACUCGCACCAUCAGAUCUUUGUCUUCAUUGUUGACCUGUUACAGAUGCUGGAAAUGAACAUGGCAAUCGCAUUCCCUGCAGCUCCCCUCCUCACUGUCAUUCUGGCUCUAGUAGGUAUGGAGGCCAUUAUGUCAGAGUUCUUCAACGACACCACGACUGCGUUUUACAUCAUCCUUAUCGUGUGGCUGGCUGACCAGUAUGACGCUAUCUGUUGCCACACCAAUACGAGCAAGAGGCAUUGGCUCAGGUUCUUCUACCUGUACCACUUUGCCUUCUAUGCUUACCACUAUCGAUUCAACGGGCAGUACAGCAGCCUGGCUCUCGUCACCUCAUGGCUCUUCAUCCAGCAUUCGAUGAUUUACUUCUUCCAUCACUAUGAGCUGCCAGCCAUUCUCCAGCAGAUCAGGAUCCAGGAGAUGCUGUUGCAGAACCAGCAGGUAGGCCAGGGGACUCAGACGACGCUCCAAGACAACCUCAACAACAACACUACAGCAGCCCCCGUCGAUGUGGGGAGCCGCCGACCUCACCUGGCCGCCGGACCCUCUGGAGAGAGCAGCAGCCCGGCUGCCCUGACUCCCAGCGAGGCCUCCAGCGUCAUUGCCGCUGCCACGGCAGCUUCUGUUGGCAGCGAUCUGAACUGGGUAGCCGAGACGGCCGCCAUCGUCACUGAAGCCUCGUUUCUCUCCGACCUGAGCACUACGCUCCUGGAGCCAAACGUGGUGCACGAAGCCGUGGCCAACGGGAACCCUCAGGAUGCUACCGCUGCCUCCAGUUUGGUUGCCCGCAUCAGAGUCAGCAGCGACCACCCGGAGACGGCCGUGGGCUCCAUCACCAUUGAAGUCACUUCCACAUCUGCGGUGGCCGCAGCAGAUGUUCCCCCCACCGCAGAAGCGGCACCGGCCGCGCCCCUCGUCCCGCUGCAGGAGGAAGGGGCCUCCCUCCCCAGCCCUUCCCUUCCCGAGCAGACUGAGGCUGUCGAGGGCUCAGACAGCCAAGCAAAACCUAGCGGCAAGAACUGCGUUGCAAACAGCAGCGUGGCAGAGACCCCUCCGGCCCUUGCGGAGGACGCUGAUCAGGACAGACGUUCGGGCGGUGCUCUUGGGGACCGGGGGGAAAGCAGCCCUUGCCCAGCACCAGCGGAUAGUGCACCUAGCUCCAAACCUUGCUCGGAGCCAGACUUGAGGAGCCUGUCUUGA